AACUACUUAAGCUAUGUCAUUGUUGACGAAGUACAUAGAUAGUUUGAUAGUGAGAUUCUUUAUUUUUAACGUAUAUUUUAUCUUUCCAUAGGGAAUUAUUUGCUGUUCUCAAAAUUUGACUUGUAAUUUUUUUCUUCCCGUAUCUGGGCGCGCUGAUUGGCCAGUUUGACGUAACAAAUAAAAUCUCAAGUACAGUGACGGUCAUUUGCGAGCAAGCAGAAUAUUAUCCUAUCCCUUUCAGGAGCCCUUGAAACACUUUCUAGUAAUUUUUUGGCCUUUUUUAACAUUAAAUAUCAACCUUUUACUAUCAUGGCUUGUAUGCAGUGGUCUCAACCUGAACAAGACGGUCAAGCGAACAGAACAUGGAGCAACAUUGUGGGGAAUCCGAUAAAGCAGAAUUAUGUCAAAGAAAACGAAGUUCCCAAUGACUCACACUUAAGUGUUGGUUAUAUCCCGUUGAAAGACAAAGAAGAAUUAUUGUACAAAAAUCUACAGGAUAGUAAACAACUGAAGAGAAAAUUGCCCUGUACAGACAAAACGCCUACGAAUAAUUGCGCCGAGUCUUUGUAUUGUACACCUUGGAAAGCGACGAACUAUGUUCAAGACCCCAUUGGACUUCAUCAUGAAAUGAACGACUUCCUACAGUACAUCAAACCAAAACAAGAAGAGGACGAUGUUCGAAAGGAUGUAGUCAAGAGGGUCGAAGCUGUUAUAAAACAACUUUGGCCAAAAGCUAGAGUAAGAAAAAACAAAAAAUUGUGCCGUACUUUUUUGAUAAAAAUUUUGCGUGCGGGACUAAACUUAUUGGUCUUGCAGGUUGAACUCUAUGGGAGUUGUCAGACUGGUCUUUAUCUUCCAACAAGUGAUAUUGAUUUAGUUGUUCAUGGAAAAUGGGAAUGUUUACCACUUCGUACCCUAGAAAAUGAAUUAAUAGAGCAGGGAAUAGCAGAUGUCAAUUCAAUUCGGGUUUUGGACAAGGCAUCCGUUCCCAUUAUUAAAGUUACAGAUACAAAAACUAUGGUUAAAAUUGAUAUCAGUUUCAACAUGAACAAUGGUGUUCAAAGUGCAGAGUUGAUAAAGAGCUAUAUGGAGCAGUAUCCACCUUUGGCCUGUCUUGCAUUUGUCAUCAAACAGCUACUUGUAAAUCGUGAUCUUAAUGAAGUCUUUAUUGGUGGUUUAAGUUCGUACACUGUUGUUUUAAUGAUUGUCAGUUUCUUUCAGAGGCAUACAGACAAUUUCCAAAGCUCUCAUCACACUGUUAACUGGGGUGUAUUGCUUAUUGAAUUUUUUGAAUUGUAUGGGAAGAAAUUCAACUAUGAUAAUGUUGGAAUUCGGGUUGUUGGAAAUGGAUCAUAUUUCAACAAGGAAGAGGUUUUAGGAAAAUCUUUGGCCAAUGAAACACAUUUAUGUAUUGAAGAUCCUCUUACCAAAGGUAAUUAUAUUGGUAAAGGUUCAUUUCGUAUUAACGACGUUAAGAGACUGUUUGAAUGGGCCUAUCACGAGCUCACAAAAGGAGUGCUGAAUAAAAUUCCUGGUAACGAAAACAGUAGCAUUUUAGGUCGUUUAGCUUUAAUGAGGCGGGAUACGAUCCAGCAACGUGAGAGAUUACUAAGAUUGCCUUGCGCACCUGCGAUGCCUUGCGCACCAACAAACAAUCGUAGCUACGCAAGCGUUGCUACGGGCAACACCACUCAAAGUAGGAUAUGUAGGCCUGUUAUUGAAUGCAACAGCGAAAAAAAUUCCACGACGCGGCCAUCAAAAUCACGAGAAAACAUUGACACUGUGUACUCUGUUGACUCGAGCUCUGAGUCUUCUUCUCCAAGAACACGCGAAACACCUAACACUACUGCACGAAAUAAAGACAAUGUAACAAUGAAAAAAUACAACAGUGAGGUGCCCAAGAACUGCAGGAUUCAGAGCUCGCGGCAUUCAGAAAGAGAAAGUGUUGGACGAGAGCGUUCGCAAGAUAAAUCAAAUAACAGAAAGCAUAAUCAAGAAAGAACUCAUAAUGUUGAAAGUAAGAAAUCACAACAUACAAAAACACCCAUAGUAAUAUCUGAUGAUGAAUCCCUAUCGUCGUCAUCGUCAUCAUCGCCAAAAAGAAAUACUUCGCCAACGACCGUUUCCGAAUCCUGUGCGAUGAGGAGUAAUAAAGGAGUGAAGUCCAUCAAGGAAAUUCGUCAACGCCCCGAACGGUUACUUUGCUAGGAGAGGUGCUUGCAAAUGAAGCACUCAUUUAUUCCCAGCUGAUUCUCCACGAUAGCUCGCAUUCUAUGUCUCAACAUUAUACAAUUUAUAUAUUUUUUACCUGAUAGACAGGGCGAGAAAAUUUACUAGCUCGACGUGCAGGCAUUUAAAAGUUACGUGAUUUUCAAAACUAAUUUUAUAUGAAAAAAAAAUAGUGUUUCUACAUACGUUCGUCUUUUUUAUAUUAAACGAUAGGAAUGAAUUAGCAUAACGUAUGACAUUUUAAUGUAUUUUUGUGUACAUUUAUUGAUUCUGUUGGUUGGCAACAUAUUUUUUCAGCUUUAUUUUAAAUUUCACGUUUUUUUUGCAUGGUUAUGAGGUGAAGAGAAAACAGAAUUUGUUGUGGUUUGCCAACUUAGAAAUUUUUAACCGUAUUUGCGAUUAAUGAUAAAAAAUGUAAUUUAUUUUUUAAUUGAAUCAUCAGACAAAAUAGUGACAAAAUAGUCUCAUUGUAGAGAUUUAUUAUUUAUUUUGUAUAAUACAUUUUGCAUUAAUUUUACUCGUAUAUGUGUGUAGUUAUCUCAAUAAAUAGCUGUCUUAUGACGAACUGACAAAUGUACUUUCAUUUUAUGUAAGUAGAACAUAAAACAAUUAAAGAUAAAAUAAAAACAUUUAUAUUCUUCUGUCA